CACUCACACACACACAUAUACAUAUAUAUCUACAUAUAUUAAUCAAGCAAUUAAUUAAUUAGGGAAAUUUAGGAGAUGGGUUUACAUGGGAAGUUGAUUGCAGCAAUAGAAUUCAAAGCUGGUGGGGAUGUGUUUCAUGAACUUUUCAGGUACAAGCCAGAGCAUAUUUCCAAAGCUACCCCUGAUAAAGUGCAUGGUUGUGAUCUUCAUGAGGGUCAAUUUGGUCAUGUUGGUUCCAUCAUUUGUUGGAGGUACACUCAUGAUGGGAAAGAGAAGAGAGCAAAGCAAGUGAUCCAAUCGAUUGAUGAAGAUAAAAAAUUGAUUGAAUUCAAGAUGCUUGAGGGAGAGUUGAUGGAGCUAUACAAAGAUUUCCUUAUUACAAUCCAUGUGGAGACACAUGGUGGGAUUGAUUUGGUGACUUGGACUUUAGAGUAUGAGAUGCUCAAUGAAGAUGUGGAGCAUCCCAUUACAUUGCUCUCCUUCUUCAUCGACAUCACCAAAGACAUCGAAACUCAUCAUCUCGGCCAACCUUGAAUGUUAGAUAUGUUUGAUGCUUUGAUGUGUGUAUGUGUGUGUGAGAGAAAGAGAGAGAGUUUGUCCCAAUUUGUUGUGUGAUUAGUUUAAAGUUUCGAAAGUUAUUGUAUUUGGCUCUCUUAUUUCUACUGCGAGCAAUGAUGUGUGACUAAUAAAUAAAAGGAUUACUUUUAAAAAAAUA